AGAACUCUCGGGCGCUGUUGCACGCGCACACUUAAACCACCCAGUUUAGUUUAUGAAGUUUACGUGGUUAAGCACGCGAAUAGCGCACCAAUAUGGGUGCAGUUCAACGCAAACUGACGAUGUUCACUCAAGCAAAUUAUCUGCCGAGAGAACCUUGCGAUCGAUCGAAAGCGUAUUCGUGGGAUGCCAAGCCAAAAGUGGACGCCUCGAACUACACCGUGGAAAAUGCGGUCGACACAACCGUCACGAAGUGCUCGGGAAACGUCAACGGCCAACAGUUCGUCAUACGAAAUUGCCACAAUGCAAGCCUGUACAUACUGGACCACAUCAACUCUGUGACUAUUGAUGACUGCGUCAACUGCAACAUUGUCCUUGGCCCAACACAGGGAAGCGUGUUCCUGCGAAACUGCAACAACGUGCGGCUUGCAUCCGCAUGCCAACAGCUGCGGGCACGUGACUGCUCUGCCGUCGAUUCCUGGCUUUGCUGCUCCACCCAGCCUUCCAUAGAGUCCUGCUCCGAGAUGCGAUUUGGUUGUCUGACGAUGGAAUUUGAGCAGUUCUCAGAGCAGCUACAAAAGGCCCAACUCAGCCCGUUCAACAACCACUGGAGUGAGGUGUACGACUUUACUCCAACGCCACCGGAGCCAAACUGGUCACUGUUACCGCCAGAGCGGUGCUUGGUGGUGCUCUUCUGGGACGACAGGCUGCGGGACAACAGCAUGGCUUUCGUACGGGGCAUGAGGGAAGCGCAGGCAGAUCUUGUACAAACUACAGAAGCAUGUCUGGAGGAUGGCUUGGCACGGUCCAUAUUUCAGAACGGACAACAUGGAAAGCUUGCCAAGAGGGGUCCUGCGGUCGUCUUCGAGUAUAUGGGCACGAACUGCCGAGAAACAUGCCAACAAGUUGCUGCCCGAUUGACGUCGGGGACUCACUACAUCUCUCCCCAGGAACCAGAGACGACAAAGAAACAAAUCGAAGCCGCUUUCAACACAACCCAGGGCAUGUUCUCUUGACGAGCAAAUGUAUACUGUACAUUGGGAAACUGUGAAAAUGCCUCGCUGCUGCAACGUCGCCUAGACUUCUCAGCAAAGCUGAAGAUGAGAGUGGCAAGCAUUCUCAAUUUCACCACUGGAGUACUAAAUGCCGUGACUAGACAUAUCAAGUGGGAACUGUACUCUGGUCCGAAUACGUGAGGUACAAUACACGAGGUUAGAAUACGUGAGGUACAAAGAGGCGCAGUUGCGUGCAUCUUCCCUAGUCCCUCAGUCUGGUCUAAUAUGACACUAGAUGCCUUUGAAUAUCCGUCCCCGACGUAUAACCACCGCGUGAGUAACUGCAUUAGGAACGCUGCACACAAAACAUUCAUUGACUGAACACAUCACCUCGAGCAGUCUAGGUACGCAGGCACCGGGUAAUCGAAGAAGCCUGCCAAUUUGGUUGACAUUUCGUGUCCUGUACAGCAUGUACCUACAAGAGGCAGGAGUGGUGCUUGUAAAAUGUGAAGGUAUACUUGAGAAUCUCACAUCGGUCACGAAAACUUCGUGUGAUCUUUGCUUGACAAAAUAAUCUCAUUUCGUAGCUCGGGAAGUUUGGAACAGGUCUAAGAGAGGACAAAAGCAUGAAAAAUGUCAUGUAAUGUUGAACACCAGUAUUACUUGUUUUUCUGCACAGGUGAAUGUAGUUAACACAAAGCUGUUGUGACAUUUUGCACUUUGUUUACAGUGUCAAGCUCACAUAAGUCGCUACCUAGAACACACCCUGCAACAUCCCGUACAAACUUGGCAUUUCGUUUUUCUCUACCCGACAGGCAGCUAUUGUUCCCAGAUACUUUUGCAGUACUGUGCCAGUCUUUUCUUUCUUUGUCUCAAAAUUUUGUUAUUGGAUUUGCUGGUAAUGUAGACGGCAAGAUGUGCAAUACAAAUUUGUAAUAAAAUUUAUCCCGUCGGCCUGUGUUGU